GACCUAAACACGCAGUAGAGGCACAGGCUAGUCACUAGCGCCUCUCUUUACCCUUUUAAAAAAAAUAUCCGAAUACAUGGAAUCCCCAGAGCUAGAGAGGGGCACUGUACACAGCCGUCAAAGAACCAGGUGGAUUGCCAGCUGCUGAUUUCUCUCCUAGCACAAAACCUAGAUAUGCUACAUGUUCACUGCCACUAACAAUGACCAUGACCCUUCACACAAAAACCUCCAGUGUUGCCUUAUUGCACCAGAUACAAGGCAAUGAGCUAGAGCCUCUGAACAGACCUCAGCUGAAGAUUCCUCUGGAACGACCGAUCAGUGAAAUGUAUGUGGACAGCAACAAGACAGGGGUUUUUAAUUACCCAGAAGGUGCUACUUAUGAUUUUUCUACUGCCGCUCCAGUGUACAGCUCAACCAGCCUCAGUUAUGCCCCUACAACAGAAUCAUUUGGGUCCAGCAACUUGGGAGGAUUUCAUCCUCUGAAUAAUGUUCCUCCAAGCCCUGUUGUGUUUUUACAAACGGCACCACAGCUCUCAUCUUUUAUUCACCGCCAUAGCCAGCAGGUACCUUACUACCUUGAGAAUGAAACGAGCAACUUUGCCAUGAGGGAGGCUGCUCCAACAGCUUUUUACAGACCAGGCUCAGAUAACAGGCGUCAUGGUGGCAGAGAGCGGAUGGCCAGCGCCAGUGAAAAGGGAAGUCUACCUAUGGAAUCCACCAAGGAGACCCGCUACUGUGCUGUGUGCAAUGACUAUGCUUCAGGCUACCAUUAUGGUGUUUGGUCCUGUGAGGGCUGCAAGGCCUUCUUCAAAAGAAGUAUUCAAGGUCACAAUGACUACAUGUGUCCAGCUACCAAUCAGUGCACCAUUGACAAGAACAGGCGGAAGAGCUGCCAGGCUUGCAGGCUCCGAAAAUGCUAUGAAGUUGGAAUGAUGAAAGGUGGGAUCCGGAAAGACCGCAGAGGAGGCCGUAUGCUGAAACACAAACGACAAAGAGAUGAGCAUGAUGGCAGGAAUGCAGGAGUUGUGGCUGAAGUGAGAAAUGCCGCACUGUGGCCAGGUCCCCUGAUGAUCAAACACAGCAAGAAAAACAGUCCAGCCCUGACUCUAACUGCAGAUCAGAUGGUCAGCGCUUUGCUAGAUGCAGAACCACCGAUUGUCUAUUCUGAAUUUGACCCGAACGGGCCUUUCAAUGAAGCUUCUAUGAUGACACUGUUGACCAACCUUGCUGACAGAGAACUGGUGCACAUGAUCAACUGGGCCAAAAGAGUUCCAGGAUUUGUGGAUUUAACACUCCAUGAUCAGGUCCAUCUACUGGAAUGUGCCUGGUUAGAGAUACUGAUGAUUGGCUUAAUCUGGCGUUCAGUGGAGCACCCUGGAAAGCUCUCAUUUGCCCCAAAUCUAUUAUUGGACAGGAAUCAAGGAAAGUGUGUUGAGGGUUUUGUGGAAAUAUUCGACAUGCUUCUGGCCGCUUCUUCUCGCUUUCGAAUGAUGAAUGUCCAGGGGGAAGAAUUUGUGUGCCUUAAAUCCAUUAUUCUACUCAAUUCUGGUGUCUAUACAUUUCUUUCCAGCACCUUACAAUCAAUGGAGGAAAAAGAGCACAUUCAUCGUGUUCUAGACAAAAUCACAGACACUUUGACACAUCUGAUGGCUAAAGCAGGCCUCUCCCUGCAGCAGCAGCAUAGACGAUUAGCUCAGCUCCUCCUCAUCCUUUCCCACAUCAGGCACAUGAGCAAUAAGGGAAUGGAGCACCUCUACAACAUGAAGUGCAAGAAUGUGGUCCCUCUUUACGACUUGUUGCUGGAAAUGCUAGAUGCCCACCGCCUGCAUGCCCCUGAAGCAAGCCACAGCCCCCCAAGUGAAGAGGCGGCUGUGAAGCAGCUGACAACCCCAUCCAUGUCAAUGCAUUCCUUGCCACCUUGCUACGUGAACAAAAGGGAAGAUGAGAACGAGCCAGAAGAGAUGUGAGAGUCCACAUUUCAAGUAGCCUACAGGUUUCUGAGAAUCACAUCAGAAAACCACCUACUUCAGGCUUAAUUGAAUUGGUACAAUGUGUAAGCACUCCAAUACUCACCAAUCACCAGCAAUUCCAAAACAUUGCUUUCCAAGAUCCUUUCGCAUUCUGGACAUAAUUUAGAGAUUCAGAGGCAAUUCUCAGUGUUUGUGUUAAACAGAACACAAACAUGGGGGUUCCUGUAGUCUUUUGGCUGGUAUCAGUCUUAAGAAUUUGGGUGGCAAUGACCUUUUUCUUUGUAAUCAAUAGGGCAAAGAUCCCAGCUGAGUUUGAGUAGGUGAUGUUUACAUGAAAUGCUUAUGGGAUCUUUUACGAAUAAAGAAUCCUACCCCGCUCCACACACACACUAAAAACAGUGGCGGUAAAGAGCUCAGAUUUUGUUAGACUCCAAUCUCAUUCUUAUUUGAAGAGAGAGAAAAAGAGGGGGGAAACCCGCAAGAAUUUAGUAUUUCUUCUCAGCGGGUUAUUUCAUAUCAGGGCUUCAGUCAGUAUACAACUAUGUACAUUUAUCCUCUCAGAUAAACCCUUUAGAUUGCUAAAUAGCUGACUUCAGCAAGAAACUCCUAACUUAACUAACCGGGGAUAAGAAGGAACUGUUAGGUUGCAGUCGUACUCAGAACAGGCUUGGCAUAGCAUUAUGGAGCUUAUUUUGGUGACGACAGAGGAGUUUACUGUUUAUUUGUUUAUUUCGGCCCAAGGCCAGCAUAGACAGAGGAGCUGGUUUUAGUCCCACAUGAGGAAUUUUCAGCUGGGCAGCUAUCGACAGAAUUCACCAUAUGAACCCACUAACAUUUUGCAGUCAAAGUGAAAGGAUUGCCACAUUAAAAAAAUUGCUUUUCCAUAGUUAUCUGAGAAUAAUUUGUGCACUAGGAAUUAAAGGAGUUAAUAAUAGGGCAGUGCACUAAGGGAAUUAUCCAUACCUGAAUCUGAUCCAAUUCAAUGCUAAUCAUUAUUGCAUCAUGUUGAUGCAGUUUGGGGGAUGUAAUGAAUCAGCCAGUAUAGUAGAUCAUCUUGAUGCACUGGUGGAGCUUACCUAAAACCAAGAAGCAGGCUCCCUUCCAUUUUCUACAUGGAAAUCACUGUUUAGGGGGCAGGUAUCGUGGCAGUGCUACUUUCUAUGCUACUUCCCCCCAUAGAUUCAGCCCACAGUGCCCCAUGUAAGGAAGCAAUAUCACAACAUGAUAUUGUUGGCCGCUCCCCAUAACUGUAGAGAGUGGCCGUUCCCUCCACCACCAAGUAAUGCCCCAGAGAAAGGGCACAAUGUCAUGUUAUUGCUUUCUUACCUGGGUCUUUUGUGAACUGAACCAAUGGGGAGCAGUGGCAUUCUAAAACACUACCACUGUGGCUGCCCCAAAGGCAGCAUAUUUCCAUGCAGAAAAUAGAAGGGAGCCUGCAUCUUGGUUUCAGCCAAGGUUCCCUCCCCACAGUACAGUUCAGUCGAAUACAAGACUAUUGUAUUGUUUCCCAUUUUAUCUUUUUAUCUGAGAAGUUUAUCACUGGAUUGUAUCUAAUGAAAAAAUGUCCAAUAAGGUACACAUCACAUCAGUUCUGAUUACUGGCCUGAGAUUAUGCACAGACCUGGUUAAUAGCUAGCAGUUGGGGAUUUUAGUGUACAGCAGUGGUUUAUACAGCAUGCUGGAUGACUCUAGAAGAAAAGGCAAUUAAUACAUUUUAUAACUAAACUAGUGUUUUUUAGCCCGUUACAAUAACGGGCGCUAGCGUUCCCCCCCCUUACCUCCCGUUCCCUCCUCUCCCGGCCCCACGGGCGGCCAUUUUGGCCAAAUUGUUGUCCCGAUCGUUCCAAAAAAUGCCUGCCACCGCCGCUGGCCGGCCGUCCAGCCUCCCAGCUGCCCGAUUCCUCCUCUCUGCCCCCCCCCCGAUUAAGGGCUUAAUCGGCCCAUGCAAUUUCCGCCGCCGCUGCCCGAUUCUUCCUUUCCCGUUCCUCCCCCCACAUGAUCAAAGUCCAAAAUGGCCCAUGCAAUUGCUGCCGCCGCCGACCACCCUCCCAGUUGCCCAAUUCCUCCUUCCCUGCUC